AUGAAAGGCAUCUUCAGCGUCACAACCUGCUCCAGUGUCCUCAACUCCCAACCCGUAUGUUCCGCCAACUCUACCUGUGGCAGCAUCUUCUCGAGAUUUGAACAUCUGAGCUGGAAACAUUACUAGGAUGUGGAUGGCCUCUCGAGAGUACCCAUCACCUACGAAGACAGAUUUGUUGAUCUCCACAGGCAACAUCAAGUAAGCUUUUGAUUGUUAUGCUAUUACGACAUUAGUCUUGUGUAUUUGUAAAGACAAUUAUUAAAUUCUAAUUUCAGAAUCAUGAGAAUGCUCACUGCAUCUCAGAAUCAAGUUCUUCGGGCCGUGAAUCCUUAAAGACCGAGAAUAAUCAAGUAAGACUCCAUAGAUAAUGUUCAAAGAUGUUUAGGUGUUAAGGAGACGCAUCGACAGCACCAUGAGCUUCGACAUGUGUGAAGAGGACUACUCUGGUCGUCGGAAGCGUGAUUCCCAGUCUUCGAACCUUCUCUUCCAGGUCGAUAUGAACACAACGUCCCACUUCGACUCGUUGAACGAGGAAGAUACACGGAAAUGCGACUACUGGUAAGAAAUCAGUAUUUUUUAGACUGUUUAGUUUUAUAUUAACCUUGAAGUCUGCAGUAUAACAUUUUAUUAAACCUUUUAGUAACACAAACGUGACGAUGGAGUCCAACUCAACGAUGACGUCGUCGAGCUCCACUCUCAUUAACGGAUCAAAUAACCUAAUCACCUCCACUGCAACCAAGGUCCGCGUCACUUGUGCACGAUGUGCAGCUAACAGGGUGCCAAUCCACUCUCCCAGCAGCAGUAGAAUGGUGGUUAGCUGA